AAAAUAGAAACAAAAAAAGUCUUUAAUCUCGAGAGUCUCUUUGCCAGAACGAAAACCACUCAAUACACACAGCUUUCCACCUUCCUCUCUCUCUGCUGAACAACUACGAAACCCUAAUUUCUAAAUUGAUCUCAAAAUCGAGCCUCUUCUUAUGAACCCACCACCACUAGAUCCAACCCCUCUUUAGGCUUCCCUGCGAUUUCCCACAUUGAAUCUCGCGAGCGACUCGAAAUCAUUCAAAAAUCGAUGGCGAAAGGCACAUCCACGGGAGAGACCAUGGUCCGCACAGGCUGCAAAAGGGAACUGCAAUUCAUGCUGAAAUCUCAGUCCGAGAUCUGCGGAGGCGAGUCUCUCGGCCGCACCCGCGGAAGCAAAACCGCCGCCAAGAGACCGCCUCCCACCCGUUGCCUCCGCUCCGCGUCGCUGAAGAAGAUUCGUCUGGAGGACGUUGAUGAUGCUGCUGCGAUGUCUGAUUCCGCGGAGGAGGAUGAGGAGAAGAGCGACGUUGUUGAUGACGAAGGGAAGGCAGGGAUGUUUAGUGAGGAGACUGAGUCGGGGAAGAAGAUUGAGAGUAAUGGGUGUGGUGACGUGGCGAUGAGUGAAGAAGACCACUCAAGGGAGAAGGUUGAGAAGGGUAUAACUGAAGUUGGAGAGGCUGAGAAGGAGUGUUCGAGUGUGGUUCGGAGAGAGAUUGUUAUGGCGUGUCCUGCUGGUUUUAGCGAGUUUGCUAAACUUACUUCGAGGUCUUGUCAGGUUAAGUUGGAGAGUGGUUUGGGUUAUGGAAAGCCUGGUAGGAGGUUGACUCGGUCCAUGUUGAAGUCUGAGGCUAAUGCUGAUGAUGAAGAUCAUGUGAAUCCGGAAAAGGAUAAAGGUAGCAAAUCUGAGGCUAAUGGUGGUGAAGAUCAUGUAAAUCAAGAAAGGGAAGCUAAAGAUAGUUUUCUUGCUGAUGGUGGCAAAUCUGAGGCUAAUGGUGAGGAAGAUCAUAUAGAUCAAGAAAGGGAAGGUAAAGAUAGUGAAGAUAAUUGUGUUGAUGCUUCUACUUUAGUGGGAUAUGGGAAAGAGGAGGAGAUUCAUGAGAAAAAUAGUGUGGAUCCAUGCCAUGUGGAUAAGAAGGCAAUGAGUGAUGCAGUAGAUAAGCCUUUGAGGAGGUUAACUAGAUCAUUAGUCAAACAAACAAGUGAUUUAGAGGAGGAUCCUGAUUCGGAGAAUAUCGAACCAUCAGACUUGGGAAAGGUAGCUGUGCAUGCUAAUGAUGUCGGAAUGGAUGAUUUUCAAAGCCUUCCAGUCACAACUACUCCCAACAAGCGUGGACGGCCCAAGAAGUUUAUCCGGGAUUUCCCGAAAAAGCUGAAAGAUCUUCUCGACUCUGGAAUACUUGAGGGACUAACUGUGUACUAUGUUCGAGGCGCAAAGAUGAGAGAGGCAGGGACUAGAGGGCUUAAAGGAGUAAUAUCAGGAUCUGGCAUUAUGUGCUUCUGUGGUGACUGCAAAGGAACUCAGGUGGUAAGUCCCGCCGUGUUCGAGCAGCAUGCUUCUAGCACAAACAAGCGCCCACCUGAGUAUAUCUUACUGGAGUCUGGAUGCACACUUCGUGAUGUCAUGAAUGCUUUCAAGGAAACUUCGUAUGAUACACUAGAAGAAAGACUUCGUUUGUUAGUUGGACCAGAUUUCAAGAAAUCUAGCGUGUGUUUCGGUUGUCAAGGUCCAAUGGUUGAGCCUUGUGAAACAAAGUCAUUAUUUGCGUGCAAAUCGUGUUUGGAGAGAAAGGAGCCAGAACCCCAUACCAGUCCGUCUAAAGCAAAUCCUCUUAAUGGAUUUUCUAGCCCAGAUGUGGUUAAAAAAACCAUCCCCAGAAAGCCAAUGUCCACGCCUCGCCAAAGUAACAGGCGAGAACAACCAACCAAAAAGUCACCUGAGCCAGGUGUGGUUUCAAGAACUACACCGAGUGAGUCAAAAUCCAGCUCAAUCAAAAGCAACAGCCAUGGGAAACUAACCAGAAAGGAUGUACGGCUGCACAAACUUGUUUUUGAGGAUGAUAUACUGCCAGAUGGGACCGAAGUGGGAUAUUUUCUCGCUGGAAAGAAAAUGCUUGUCGGCUAUAAGAAGGGAUUUGGGAUACUCUGCUCUUGCUGUGACACAGUGGUCAGUCCUUCAACUUUUGAGGCGCAUGCUGGCUGUGGAAGUCGUCGAAAGCCGUUUCAUCAAAUUUAUACAACCAAUGGUGUAUCUCUUCAUGAACUCUCAGUAGCUCUAACAAUGGACCAGAAGUUUUCCGUCGGUGAAAAUGAUGAUCUUUGCAGUAUCUGUAAGGAUGGGGGUGAACUCUUGUGUUGUGAUACUUGUCCAAGAUCAUAUCAUAUAGUAUGUGCUUAUUUACCAAGCCUUCCGAGUGAGAGGUGGUCCUGCAAAUAUUGUGUGAAUAUGAUUGAGAGAGAGAAGUGCGUGGAGAGCAAUCCCAACGCCGUUGCAGCUGGUAGAGUUCGUGGAGUUGAUGCAAUAGCUCAGAUAACCACAAGAUGCAUUCGGAUUGUCAGCUCCCUUGCGAGUGAGCUUCCAAGCGUAUGCGUGUUAUGCAGAGGCCAUAGUUUUUGCAGGUUGGGCUUUAAUGCUCGCACUGUGAUAAUAUGUGAUCAGUGUGAAAAGGAGUUCCAUGUUGGCUGUUUGAAAGAACAUAAUAUUGCUGAUCUCAAGGAGCUACCUGAAGAUAAAUGGUUCUGUUCCCUCGGGUGCGAAAAUAUCAACACUUCAUUAGACAGUUUGGUAGUUCGAGGAGAAGAGAAGCUUAGUUACAACUCUCUAAGGAAGAAGCAAAAUCCUAAUGAAGAAAGCUGUCCAGAUGACAAUACCACUCCAGACAUAAGAUGGAGGGUCCUUAGUGGAAGGUUGACCUCUUCGGAUGAUACAGAUACAAAAGCCUUGCUUGGGAAGGCACUCUCCAUUCUUCAUGAGCGGUUUGAUCCCAUCAGUGAAUCUGGGAGCAGGGGAGAUCUCAUUCCAGCCAUGCUGUAUGGAAGGAAGUCAAAAGGCCAAGAUUUCAGCGGCAUGUACUGCACUAUGUUGACUGUGGAUGGGGUGAUUGUUUCCGUGGGAAUCUUUAGGGUAUUUGGGUCUGAACUCGCGGAACUCCCUCUGGUUGCUACCAGCCGAGAUUGUCAAGGGCAGGGCUACUUCCAAUGUCUGUUUGAUUGCAUCGAGAGGCUACUUGGGUCCCUGAACGUGAAACAUCUCGUGCUACCAGCAGCAGAUGAAGCCAAAUCGAUAUGGACUGACAAAUUCGGGUUCACCAAGAUGACCGAAGAGGAGAUGAAAGAAUACAGAAGAGACUUCUCGGUGAUGGUAUUUCAUGGAACAUCUAUGCUGAGAAAGACAGUACCUGCCAUGAAUAAACCUGAGGAGGACAGUAUGGAGCAGUAAAUCACUCUCAAGGGUGUCUUUGUUUUUUCUUUUUCUUUUUGAAAGCCUUUGGAUCGGUUUGAUGCCUUUUUUAUAUUCUAGUAUAAUUGAUAUAAUGCAGUAGUUCGGUUAGUAUUCGUGUACAGGUAUUUCUCCUAAUGUGUUGUCUUUCUCAACAAUUGAAAGAGACAACAGAAAAGGUUUUUUUUAA